CCGAGCGCUGUAUGACGUACGGAGCUCGUGAGAGUGCAAGUGCUUCCCGCGCUGGUGAUAUAGUGAGAGUGCUUAUUAAUUUAUGCUAUAAAUUAUUUUCUAACGGUGGAAAUAUUUUUCUUAUACGAGAACUCCGAUUUGGCCGUUAUCGUUGUUAUUGUUAUAAACAUAAGUACUGUGCUAUUGAUGUUCAAUUGUUAAAAUGAAGAUUUUCGUGUUAACAAUUGUCAUUUUAGCCCUUAAUGGUUGUGUAACGAGAGCCACGUCACUGGAUCCUCUCGAAAACGUAGAAAUCGACGAAACAAAAACUGAUAGAGACGACUCAAGAACCAAGAGGUCUGGGAACAUAUUUUCAUCACUAUUGAAGAAAAAAUUAGGAUUACUCAGCUCAAUAACCGGCACAUCGUCGGGUAAAUCUAUUGGUCAUUUUGACAGCUAUCCAGAACAUUUCGAAGAACCAUUGUCUUAUAACACAAAAUCGUUCAACUUAUGGGGCGUUAAAAAAGCGAUCAUGUCGUCGGUGUUUCAAGCCGCUAAAGCAAUAACGGGCGGAGUGAUUGCUCUCAAGGGACAAUUGAUCAAAGCUAAAGGGCACGCAGUCGUUGCCAAAGGUAAGCUGAUGCAGACCAAAGGUGAAGCGAUCUCGAACUUUGGCAAAACCAUUGCGACGCACGCGUUCGACGUCCACCAUGAACCACAGCUAGACGUACAACAUUCCUCUGCGGGCCUAUUCAACCAUCUGCCCGUUACGCCGAUCCAUCAGCCGACAAGCUACGGAACUGCUACUGCGUUUGGAUACCAAGGACAAGCGUACCCGAGCAACGUGUACCAGGGCAACGCGUAUCAGAGCAACGCUUAUCCCAACACCGCGUACCAAGUCGCAGCUCCCAGUUACCAAACGGGAUUCGGAGUGCCACAGACCGGAUAUGACGGGGGCGUAGGUUACGGCGGAUACGGUGGUAAUGGAUUUACGGCAAAAAGAGCCAUUAUGCAGAAUGCACAGGAAUCGACUGUCAAACAAGCUCAAAGUGCAUUCGACAAAGAUUCGGUUCACGCAGGAUUGUUGAUCUUCAAACCAAUCAAAAUGCCCGUACAGAACGUUCCGGUGGCCAGCAAUCUGGUGGCGGCUCAGAGCACGGCCAACUCACUGCAGGCGACCGGCCAACGGCCGUCUCAGCAACUUGGCGGUUCGUUCAAACCCGCGAGUUCUAAAACGCCACAGCAAGGUUUUGGAUUUCAAAAACAGUUUCCAGCCGGUUUCCAAGCAUCCAUGCAAUCCAAUGAAUACUCGCCAGACUUGAGCCCCGGUUAUCAGGCACCGGACUUUAGUUACCAGGCGCCAAACCUAGGUUAUCAGGCACAGAACACUGUUUUCCAGGCGCCGAACUUCGGUUACCAGGUACCAAACUUCGGUUACCCAUCGAACGGCGGCAGCGUCGAACAGACUGCGGGUCAAGGUUUCAGCGGUGGGCUGCAGAACUUCGACUUCCAGCAGCCGGCCAACAGCCAAGAGUUGGGCCAACAGCUGGCCACGAUCUCUGGCCAACAGCUGCAGCAGACGUCCUUCUCGCAGGAGAGUCUUAACGACGACCAACGCGAUUUGACUUCGGGCGUGGACGAGCGGAUGGCUCAGCCGUCGAACAAACGCGCUGGUCAGGUGGUCAACGCCAAGCGAGCUGUGUCAGGAUCGACGGGCCAGUCAACGCCGUCGGUCAUCGCGGACUUUGGCGAUGGCGAAGGUGUAAAAACGAAAAAACGUAGCGCGGCGCUACCGCCGUCCCAUGGUGACGAAAUCGUGCCGUUGAAAUACCACGACGACUCGACGGCAGAAGACCAAGCCAGAUUGAAGCAAACCGUCCAACGGUUCUUCAGCAUGCUACAGAAACAACGAUGAGAGUAUCUGCUUAUGGACUUAAAAGUAAUCUAUGGAAUCAGAAUAAUUGUGAGAAAAACCAUUCACACAAACCAAACAUAGUCGAGAAUCAUUUACAAACGAUUAUGUUUACAUAGCUAGUCACUUUUAUGAUGUAUUAUUUUGUAUGCAUGUGCAACCAAUUGUUUUUAUAUAUAUAUAUAUAUAUUUUUUUGUAUUACUUGAUCAUAUUYUUACGUUUAUAUUAAAACAUAAAACAUAUAAGUUGCUCAAAUUCAAAUAAGAAAGAAUAUAUUUGAUUAAAAAAGGCUUGUUA